AUUGGCUGGCAUCUUCAUAUCCCACAAAACACUGCGUUGCCACUUCCUUUUUCUUUUCGGCCAUAUUCUGCCCAAGACGGGUGUAAGUAGCCAUGGCCCCCAGUCGCAAUGGUAUGAUCCUGAACCCCCACUUUCACAAAGACUGGCAGAGGAGAGUCCGCACCUGGUUCAACCAGCCAGCCAGGAAGCUCCGCAGGCGCAAGGCUCGGCAGGCCAAGGCGCGUCGUAUUGCUCCUCGCCCGGUUGCUGGACCUCUGCGACCCAUCGUCAGGUGUCCAACAAUCAGGUACCAUAACAAGGUCCGGGCCGGACGUGGCUUCUCCCUGGAAGAACUGAAGGCUGCCGGCAUCAACAAGAGGGUGGCUCGCACCAUCGGUAUUGCUGUCGACCCUCGCCGCCGCAACCGGUCAACAGAGGCGCUGCAGGCCAAUGUGCAGCGGCUGAAGGAGUACCGUUCCAAGCUUAUCCUGUUCCCCAGGAAGGCCUCGGCACCCAAGAAGGGAGACAGCACCGAGGAGGAGCUGAAGAUGGCCACACAACUCACUGGACCAGUCAUGCCCAUUAAAAAUGUGUACAAGAAGGAGAAGGCCCGCAUGAUCACGGAAGAGGAGAAGAAGUUCAAGGCCUUCGCCAGCCUGCGCAUGGCCCGGGCCAAUGCUCGUCUCUUCGGCAUUCGUGCUAAGAGGGCAAAGGAGGCAGCUGAACAGGAAGUUGAGAAGAAGAAAUGAGAGCAUUUGUAUAAAAGUCUAAAUAAAGUCUCACCCAAAAUAUCACGCGUCAGUCUGUGCAUGGAGAUGUCUCCGUUUGGUCAGGUUUCUCAAAUUAUAGGUUCAAAACAAUUCAGAAUUCUGUAUCAGAUUGAAUCACAAUCAUAGUUCUGUGUCAUGUUAGUUAUGGACAUUGUGUAGAGUCUUUUUGGACUUUUUAGCCACCAGAUGGCAGCAUAUGGCAACAGGUACAUCCUUGGUCUUGGUUUGAUUUAUCUGCUUGUUUUUUGUAUUUCUGGUAAUACUUUUGUAAUAUAGUUUAAAGGUUGAAGGGGUGUUAAACAUUUUGCCUCUGAUUAAAACAGCCUGACAUGCUGGCUUUUUAGUACCCAUUCGGCGUUUGCUAUCAAUUUGGGGGACAUGGAGGAAACUACUGUAAACACGUUAUUACGACGGAAAUAAAACCACACCGUGGAUUGAAAA